ACGGUCUCUCCGACUUCAAGUUCCGUUACAUCACAUUCGACGUCCAAGAUGGCUGCACGUUCACCGAAUAAGUUACUCGAGUUCACGAAGCUCAUCGGGCAAUUAAAGACAAUACCCCGAACAGGCUGGGUUUAUAGGAACAUAAAGAAGCCAGAGAGCGUAGCUGAUCACAUGUACCGAAUGGCUGUGUUAGCAUUUUUAAUUGAAGAUAAAAAGCUCAACAAAGACAGAUGUAUAAAAUUAGCUCUUAUCCAUGACAUGGCAGAGUGCAUUGUUGGUGAUAUAGCUCCUUCAGAUAAUAUAAGUAAAGAAGAAAAGCAUAGAAGAGAAAAAGAAGCAAUGAAAUACUUGACAGAUUUGUUAAGUGAAGAUGUCAAAAAAGAAAUUUAUGAAUUAUGGGAGGAAUACGAAUACCAAUCCAGCCCAGAAGCAAAACUAGUUAAAGAACUUGAUCAGUGUGAGAUGAUUCUGCAAGCAUAUGAAUAUGAAAUGUCAGAAAAAAGCCCUGGCAGACUGCAAGAAUUUUUUGAUUCCACAAAAGGCAAAUUUAAUCACCCAGAAGUAAUGCAACUAGUGAAGAGUUUGAAUGAAACUAGAAAUUCCGAAAUAGAACAAGAUUCCAAGGAAGAACAUAGACAACAAGGCAGGCUUAACACAGAUGAAAAAUAAUUGUGACCAAACUGUUUUGGCUUUAACUCUUUGGUUUUAGUUGUUAUUAAUUUAUUAUAUGCUUAAACAAAAAGUAUACAUACUGUAUUACUGUUUAAAUAGUUAUUACCAGGGAGUUCAGUGACUUUUCUGGAAUCCCACAGUUUACAAAUUUUUGCUGGUCUUCAGUGCAUGUUUUUAUUAAGUAUUUCAAAAGCUGCCUGUAUUAUUUGUAAUGGUUGCUUUUUAUUGUUCCAAAGUUUUUUGUUUUUUGGAAAGUUGAUGUGUACAAUACAGGUGGCAACAAUAAAAAGGUAGAAAGAUUAAA